AUGGCAAUUCAGACUCACUUCACCCUCAACACCGGCGCCAAAGUCCCCGCCGUCGGCUUCGGUACCUGGCAGGCAAAGCCGCUCGAGGUUGAAAAUGCCGUCGAGGUCGCUCUGAAGCAAGGAUAUCGUCACAUUGAUUGCGCUGCAAUCUACCGCAAUGAAACCGAGGUCGGUGCGGGAAUCAAGAAGGCCGGCGUGCCUCGUGAGGAGAUCUUCAUCACCGGAAAACUGUGGAACACAAAGCACAAGGCCGAGGAUGUUGAGCCCGCACUCAACAAGACACUGAAAGAUCUUGGUAUCGAUUAUCUUGAUCUUUAUCUUAUGCACUGGCCUGUUGCCUUCAAGGGCGGCGACAAGUGGUUCCCCUUGAACGACGACGGAGUCUUCGAACUGGAAAAGAACGACUAUGUCACAACAUACAAGGCCAUGGAGGAGCUUCUGGAAACUGGUAAAGUCAAGGCGAUCGGCGUCUCCAACUUCAACAUCCGCCGACUGGAAGAACUGCUCAGCCAAGUCUCCGUAGUUCCGGCCACCAACCAAAUCGAAGCACACCCGUACCUCCAGCAAGCCGAGCUUCUAAAAUUCUGCCAGAGCAAGGGAAUUAUUGUAGAGGCCUACUCUCCGCUCGGAAACAAUCAGAUCGGCGAGCCUCGCACCGUUGACGAUCCUCUUGUUGCCGAGGUCUCGAAGGAUCUCUCGCUGGACCCGGGUCCAUUGCUUGCUAGCUGGGGUGUACAGCGCGGCACCGUUGUGCUCUCUAAGAGCGUUACACCUUCGCGCAUUGCUGCCAACCUGCAGGUGCGCUCCCUGCCUGAAGAUGCUUAUGCGAAGCUGAAUGGUCUUGAGCGCCACAAGCGAUUCAACUUCCCUGCUAUUUGGGGUGUGGAUAUCUUUGAAGAAGUUGGUGAUGAGGCUGUGCGCAAGGCUGCUGUUGAUGCUGGUCCUGCGAACAAGCAGAAGUUUACUGCUUAA